AUGGAGAACGAAUCCUGCUACGGUGGAGGGGACAUUGCCGGAGCCAUCUUUGGGACGCUGUUCGCGAUCGUCCUGGUGGCGGUGUUGCUCUGGUGGCUCUACAAGAAGAACUACAUCCUUAAGCGUAAAGAUCCCGGACAGCUGGUACCGGAAGACCCGGAGGCGACAGCGAAGGGCGAAUAUGCGUUCGACAAUCCCGCCUUCAAGACGGACGGUGCGGCCAAUGGAAACGGCCCUCCCGGUGCUUCCAACAAGACCGGUUCCCCACUCGAUCCGUCCUGGACCUCCAAGCAAAGCACGAUCGAGAAGCGCAAAACCGUCGACGAUAGCUACGUGAGCGCGUCCACACCGCGGCUCGUGUCCCUGCGCGGUUCCGAUUUUACCGGGCUUGGUGUCGAGGUGUACGGUGGUCUGAAGGAGGGUAUUUUUGUGCGGAAAGUGAUGCCCCAGGGCCCGGCCGCCGGUAUCGUCAGUCCAGGUGACAGAAUAACCAGCAUCACGAUAGACUUCCGGCACAUCGUGCAGGAGGACGCAAUGACGAUCCUGAGCUACGCGUCGCCAUACAACGUGCAGCUCGAGCUGGUCGGUGGCACGAAACCGGUUCUCCCGCAAACCCAGAGCCCAAAAUCGGGCCACCAAAGCCUCACGCAUCCGCUCUACCGUUCGAGCAGUCAGUCGGACCUGAAUACGAUUGAACGUAACUCCCGCAAAAAGCUGUUCCCGAGCGAAGAUGCGUCCCCACUGAAGAUGGAUAAUCGCGCCGGAAGUCCGACCAUCCCGGCCGGUGGCAAAUCACCACUCCCGACGGCACACAAGGAGAAUGAACGCGAACCGAAAAAGCACUCGUUCAAGCAGCAGAUGCGCGAGAUGAUCGAGGAAAAGUUCCAAACCAAACAUGCCGCCGCUCCGGAUGUUGAGCGGAAGGGUUCGGGUGUGGGGGAUGAACCUACUGGCAAAAAACCCGGUCACAAGUUCGGUAUCCGUGUGUUCCCACCAUCCGUCAAUGACAAGCUGUUCGGUAGCAAGAGUCCCACGAAGGUGCAGGCAGAUAAUGAGAACAACAGCAACAUUGAGAAAAAGGAAUCGGACGACCGGAAGGAGGAUCCGGCUCGGCUCCAGCCGUCCCCGCCGGUUGUGAAGAAGCGCACCAAAGCCGACCACAAGCUGGUACCGGAUGUGGCUGGUCCGACGGUGGAGAGUGAAUUCCAGCGCCAGGCCAGUCUUACAUCGAGUGGAAUCCGUCGGGAUGCGGCUGGUAUCCCGCAGGAAAUGCCAAGCUUCAUGAUGCAGGCAGCGAACGCGGCCCGGGAUAACCGUAAAUCGGCUGGGACUGCUCUGGGACAGAUCGAUGAUGGCAAGCGUAAGGGCAAGGCCCCACCGAGGCCACCUCCGAACGAGUCGGAGCUGGACGAAAGCACUGUUACAAUGGACACUAACCUGAGCAGCAUAGAUGCGACGACCGGAAAUGUUAGCCUGGAUAUGCCGGAUGCACGGACACCCCAGCCAAGGAUGAAUUUCUCCGACAACUUCGCUGAGGAAGUACUGAACUGCACCAUCGAUAGCAUCAACGGGAUAGAGCAAUUCGAUGAGGCUGGUCCAAGCAACAGUUCAACGCCGAAGAGCGACCGCAGGAAGUCGUCCUCGUUGACGGAGAGUGAGCUGAUGAUGCGAUCUACCAGUCCGGACGAAGGCAACGAAUCCGACGUAGAACAGGAACAGCGUGGUCAUCGAAAACAACCCCCGACACCACCUCGCCGGGACGGCACCAAGAUCGAGCUGAACGCGAACGAGAUCACGGUCCAUCGAAGUUCCCCGAGUCCGGCACCGGUCGGUGGUAUGGAGGAGAGUGAACCGGAGGAUGGCAAUCGACGUACGGCCAGCUUGGGCGAUUUGUCAAAGUUAGAACCAACCGGAAAAGCGAACUCGGCCGGUAACUCGAACAGCAACACGCUCGAGCGCGCUCAAAGCCUCGAACUAACAGGUGACGCGUCUUCGGUGGCAACUGUUGGAAACGGUCCAUCGGAGACGGCCGGUGAAGCUCCGGAGGGGAUGAAGAAGCGCAAAUCGUCGACGGAAGCGAUGCUGGAUGGCGUGAAAGAUCCGAUGGGUGACGGGUUGAACUCGCUGCAACGCCAUCGGCUGAAGGGUGCGUUGGCUUGGGGUAAUCUCGAGGAUGCGAUCAACUCCGGCGAGUUAGUACCAAACGGUGGUACUCCGAAUGAGGAAGAUCCGGACGAGGGCGUGCUGGGACAGGUGACGGUGAAGCAGAACGGAUACACGGAGCUGGGACUGGGUGGUAAGGUGACCGCAAACCAAGCCAUCAUCGUGGCGGAAGCACCUAAGAGUCGCUCCAACGGUGACCGUGAACAGGAACGGGAAGAACACAUCUCCUUGACGACGAUCAGCAUGAACUUCGGACAGCAGCAGGAUGCAGAUCAACAGGAACCGGACACGAACAUCCCGGACGACGUGAAGGUGUCACGCUAUCCUUUCGGUAGCCUCGAGCGGCCAAAGUCGGAUGUGCUGAAGAAGCUGCUCGGCCAGAAGGAGGAACUGGAGAACACUCCGUCCGUGUUCAUCUCGGCUGAUGGAGGCGAGAGUGCGAUCAGCACGAUUAAGAUCGAGGCGCCUGGUGAACCGGUCAGUUUGACGUUGAUAAACGCCGAAAAUGACCGUACCGAGAGCGGUCUUCCAUCCCCCGUCUUCACGAGUGGUUCCAAUGGCGUCAGCAGCAUUAGUAUCUCACCGAUGGAGUACGGACUUCCUUCGGCACCGGUCACACUCAACGGGCUGAGUCGGAACGGAUUCUCACUGACGACUGGGGACAAUGUGGUCACUAUUUCGACGGCGCUGGAUGGUGUCGGGUCGGAGUCCCAGCCGUCCUCGAUCGUGAUGAUCGACGAUGAAAAGCUGGACUUUAGCUUGCAAACGCUGGACGACUUUGACGAGCCGCUGGAUGCACCGCCACCGGAGGAUUUUGCCGCUGAGGAACCGACCGGCGAAACUGUAAAGGUGGCACCGCUUACCAAUGGUGUCGGAGGUCCUGGGGAACCACCGCAGCCACCUCAACGUAGCUCGAUCGGAUCGAACCGUCGUGAAACUGGUCCAGUUUUAACGAAUGGAGGCGGCUUUGUGACGGAGAUCACACUGAAAGCACCCGAACCACCGAUGGCCGCUGAACGGCCACCAGCUGGGCCACUCCCAAACGGCACCCCGGCCAGUCCCGUCGGUGUGACGGCCGCCAAACCACCGAUCGUCACGAAGAAACCCCCGAAACCGGAAGCGAAACCGACGACACCACCAUCCCGGAUACCGGUGGAACGGCGCAUGUCAAACGAACCGGCCGGAUCGUUGAUACCACGCAACAGUGAGAUCAAGUUCAGCACGGCUCCGUACGAGUCUCCGGCGGCCAGCAACGGCGUGAAAACACCAACCCGGGGCGUCGACCAAAUCCGGUCCAACUUCGAGCGGUCGAACUCGAAAACCGAAAUCCCGGUACUGAUCCGGCGCACCUCGAUCCCGUCCAUCAACCUGUCUCCAAGUGGUGCAUCCGCGACGGGUGGCUCGAUGAGCAACCUCAGCUCGAUCGCAGGCACGAACCAUCACACCACCAAAGCCAGUCCUUCACGCAUACCGGUGUUCAACUCGAGCGGCGGGGCCGGUACCAAGGUUGGCCAGAACGGUGGGUCACCGCCACCACCAACGUCGCAAAAUGGCCACCAUCCGCACACGAACGGAUUGCUGCACCGUAGCAACAGCAACAGCACCAUCAUCAGCGGUAAUCACAAUAACAACCACCUGGUCAACAGCAAGAUGUCGGUCAGCAUAACCUCAAUCAAGAACCAGGCGAAACACCCGAGCGGCAAGUUCUAGCACGACGAAUCACCGAAUCACGGUUGGCACCAGCCAGCUUCCGUCCAGUGCGUGCGUUUAGGUGUAAUCU